CGAGUCAUCACUGGGCGACCCACCUCCCGCUCCGGUUGCCAAGCCCUUUGGGACAGGUGCCACCAUGUUGGUGCUGCCCCCGGGGCUGAGCGAGGAGGAGGAGGCGCUGCAGAAGAAAUUCAGCAAACUCAAGAAGAAGAAAAAGGCCUUACUGGCCCUGAAGAAGCAGAGCAGCAGCAGCACAGCCAGCCAGGGCGGGGUCAAGCGCUCCAUGUCCGAGCAGCCGACGGUGGACACGGCCACGGCCACGGAGCAGGCCAAGCUCUUGGUCAAGUCCGGGGCCAUCAGCGCCAUCAAGGCCGAGACCAAGAACUCGGGGUUCAAGCGCUCCCGGACCCUGGAGGGGAAGCUCAAGGACCCGGAGAAGGGCCCGGCCCCCACCUUCCAGCCGUUCCAGCGGAGCAUCUCGGCCGACGAUGACCUGCAAGAGUCAUCCAGACGCCCCCAGAGAAAGUCACUGUAUGAGAGCUUCGUGUCCUCCAGCGAGCGGCUGCGGGGGCUGGUGCCCGAGGGGGAGGAGUCGGAGGGUCCGGGGAGCGGCGAGGGGCCCCCCCGGGGCUUCGACUGGGGCUACGAGGAGCGCGGCGGCCCCCCCGCCCCCGCCUCCCCCCCUCGAGGCCGCAGCCGCGACCGGGAUCGAGAGCGAGACCGAGACCGGGACCGCGAGCGGGACCGGGAUCGAGAUCGAGACCGGGAUCGGGACCGGGAUCGAGACCGGGAUCGCGACCGGGACCGCGACCGGGAAGGGCCUUUCCGCCGGUCAGACUCGUUUCCGGAGCGCCGGGCCCCCCGCAAGGGGAACACGUUGUACGUCUACGGCGCCGACCUGACGCCGGCCAUGCUCCGCCAAGCCUUCUCCCCCUUCGGCAACAUCAUCGACCUCUCCAUGGAUCCCCCCCGCAACUGCGCCUUUGUCACGUAUGAGAAGAUGGAGUCGGCGGAUCAGGCCAUCGCUGAGCUGAACGGGACCCAGGUAGAAUCGGUGCAGCUUAAAGUGAGCAUAGCCCGCAAGCAGCCCAUGCUGGACGCCGCCACCGGGAAGUCUGUCUGGGGCUCCCUGGCCGUCCAGAACAGCGUCAAGGGCUGCCACCGCGACAAGAGGACCCAGAUCGUCUACAAUGACGACGUAUACAAGGAGAAUCUGGCCGACGGGUUCUAAGGGAAGGAGGGACCCGGGCUCAAUAAAAGGAAGCUCCCAUGUGGGAAUGUGGCCCA